CUGGAAUUACUAUAAAGUUUCAUGUUUGUCACUAAAAUUAGUUUAUUCCAUUCAUGGUCACUAAAACUAGUUCAACAGUUCAAGUUUGGUCACUCUCCGUUAGUCUUCGUUAACUUUCGCCGAUGUGACAAUCAACUUUGAUAGUUAACCGUUAAAUGAGUGAUGUGGCAAUUAAAAAAAUAUAAAAUAUUUUUUUUUAUAAUUUCCGCCUCAUUAUCACAAUAAAUUUUAAAAAAGAAAUAUUAUAAUUUCCACUCUACUCCCUUCUGCAGCCCGGCGUCACGGAACGCCACUGCCUUCUCUGAUUCCACAUCUGCGACUCCGGAAGCUCGAGUCUAACCAGCUUUCUUUUGAGCCAACUCAGCGGGAAUAAGAAUCAAUCUCCCUCUGAGUUCAAUCAUUCUAAUCUUAUUUCUUGCGAUUUACUGCGCAGAAGAGCAGCAUCAGGGGGGAUUAUGUCGAUCGCUUCUUCUGCGAGCGCUACUGGACUUGCGGCGGCUCCCUCCGCAACGUCCCCGGCGGCGGCGGCUGCAGGAAGAACAAGCGCCUCAAGCGCCCCUCCUCCAUUAGCAAUUGCAGCAACCCUCCCCUCCAACUUCCACCAACUUUCUCACCAGUCGGUUCAAUUAGGCCAAAAUGAAGGUCAUUUCCACCCUCAACAAAGUCUAGGGUUACAUGAAAUUUCUUCGUAGGAUAAAACUGCCACCACUGUAGAAUCUAGACUUAAGAAACUAAAGCACACUUAGAAGUUUUUGAUUGAAGAAGAAGAUUGUAUAUAUUUUUUUAUGUGUGUCUUCUGUCCCCCACAACCAGCCGAAUCCCUCUAAUUUAUAGACUGCCAAGCGUUGCAUUGAAGGAUUGUGAUCCUUCAAUUUGAUGGCCGUUAUAAUCAAAGGGUUGCAUCCUUUCAAAGACAACCUUUGAUGGUGGAGACUAAGAUCUCAUGCUGCUGCCACAUCUCCAUUCGUUGCUUUGGUUUGGACGUCUUGCUUCGUGCAAUUUGAGUUAGAGGGAAGUUGGCAUGUUUUCAAUUCAAAACAUAUCCAAUUAAACCAAAUGCUACAACGAUUAAGUGCAGAGUAAUCAAUGGGAAGUUGGCAUGUUUUCAAUUCAAAACAUAUAAAAAACCAAACUUUAUCCAAUUAAAGCAAAGAUCAUCACACGGCCAAAUUGAAAUGGGAAGUUUAGCCAUUUCAAAUGAAAUGAUAAAAUUGAA